AUGGCCGAACAAUCUCGCAUCCUCCGGCCUCGCCCCAGACGAGUCUUCGAUGUGACCCCCGCAUCCACCGAAUCGUCCGGCCCCCCAACACCCGCUGAGUCCAUGACAGAUUCCCACAGCCUGCAGCCCGACACAGCAUCCAACUCGACGAGCGUCAGCCGUACCGGUUCCGUGAUGAACCUCACCUCCUCCACGCUGUACGGCAUUUACUCACCCACUGCCUUUGAUGGGUUCCGCGAUGAGUCCAGCCCCUGGGGCACUGAAGCCAACUCCCCAGCCGCAGAGUACCCGCCCGAGCCAUCGCAACGCGCAGCCGAGAAAUCAGCCAUCAUGCCGCGGCGGAUGGCACUGCGGCGCACACGCUCCCGUUUGAGCCAAGGGCUGUUCAGGGGUGUCAUCUUGCCUCAGAUGCUGAGCUCGGCGCUGCUAUUUGGCUUUGGUAUUGCUUACGGUGUCAUUACAGUGAAUCUCCACGAGAACCAUUGGAUCACGCCUGUCAAGCUGGAGAACAUCCAUUAUUAUGAUUCAUGGCAUUACCUGGGCUUCUGGGGAUUGGUCGGUAUUGCGCUCGGCAAUCUACUUCCUUGGUUGGAUGGGUGGCGUGAGGCGACAGCUGAGAAGGAUGGUGGCUCCAAUGAUGAGGAGAGCGAAGACCGCACUCCGUCUUGGGUGACUGUUGCUCGCAGCGUUGGAGCUUUUGUUGGAAUUGCCUUUGCUAUGGUAAGUGAGAUUGAGCUGUGGUCUAAUUUAUCCAUGCUAACCUUGUAUCUUUCCUUGUUUCAGCGAAAACUUCCCUGGCAAUCUACCACCCAAGCGUCACUUACUCUUGCCCUCGCCAAUCCCGUCCUGUGGUACCUGAUCGAUCGCACGAAGACUGGCUUCGUGCUCUCCACCACCGUUGGCUUGACCGGAAUGGGUGUGAUCCUCGGACUCAAGCCAGAGCUUGUGCCCGCGUCAACCGGUCCGUCAUUCGGUACUGGUGUUCUGAACGGAACAGGACUCGAAACCACGCUGGGCGCUGGCAUUACGCAAGAGAGCUUGGCUGUGCGCGUGUGGGUCGCCAGUGUGAUUUUCUGCGCUUGCGUUUGCUUUGGAAAUGUUGGCCGACAACUUGCUAUCGGUGCCGGGAACAGAGAUACCAUGAAGCCAUGA